AUGGUCCUGCUCAAGUCAGAGAGUGUCAUUGCCACUCAAAAGAUUGAUCCUGCUCGCGCUUCCCGCCUCUUGAAAGUGUUCAGAGAUGUCACCAAAGGUGGCAAAGCAGUUUCCACGGUAAACGAGGCACGUCUGUUCCUUGAGGCAGUUCGAACGAACACCUCUCCCGCCGCCUGCCUGGAGAUCAUCAUGGCUAGUGAGGUUGCACGCAAUGCCAUCAGCAACAGCAUCCGGGUCGAUUUGUCAAUCUCUUUCAUGAAGGCACAUGUUAUACCAUUCAUUGCCUAUUUGAGCGACCCCGAGGUGAAGAUGAUGUACGGUGGACAGCUUUUUCACCAAGUCCUACUCAUCAUCGCCCACCCGCCAGCCCUCUGGAAAAACCUCCUGAGCGCUUUCCAAGGGUUCCAACUUACCGAAGACGAGCUUCAAGUCUUUGCGUGGCUCUGCUUCGAGCUUUCCGGUCUUUCCGAUAGUAUAAUCGAUACUAUCGUAGAGGACGUCACGAACGCCUUAGACGAGAAGCCGUUUCGCGAGGCUCGGAACCAUGAGACUCGCGACCUCGUCUACAGGAUCAGAAAAGUACUCGCUCUCAGAUCAUCUUCUGGCGACGAGAACCUCGAGGCAGCCGGUGGCCGCCAUGACAAUGACUCUUCGAACUUUCGAGAUAUUUCAAUAUUUCCAACGAGCGACGAGUUCUACUCCAAUGCCAGACCUUUCUAUCGAAUGGCAGCCGAGGUUGCUGCCGCAGAUCAGGUUCAGCGACCGCGUGUUCAUCUGGAUAACCAGUUCCGCCUUCUUCGUGAAGACAUGCUGGGCGAACUCCGUGAUGAUUUAAAAGCAGCUACGGGAAGAAAGAAGAGCAAGAAGAGGGCCCAGAUACUCUCAGGGUUGAUGCCUGUUGGCGUUGACACCGGCGACGACAGGCGAAGCCGUGCUUGUGCGGUCGCGCUUACAUGCCUCGGGGGACUGGAGAUCAUAAAGAAGCUACCGCCGGCCAAAUGCAAGGCCUUCUUUGAUGAUCAGAGAAAUUUCCUUCGACACCAGUCUUUCGGCGCUUUGUGUGGCGAAGACCAUAUUGUCGCGUUCGCGUUCCUGCUACGGGAUGUGGACCAGUUGUCGAAGAAGCCCCCCAUUGUCACCCUGCAGUUCACUGACAGCGAAGCUACUGCAAGAGCUUUGCAGGCACUUACACCGUCAAACAAUCUCAGGUUCGUUCUUGUAGAUACUCCGGUGUUUGCCUACCAACCCGUUCUGGAGUGUCUUCAGGAAUUAACAGAGUUGCCUCUCGGAGAGAGGCUUCUGAGACUUCCAAACGACGAGAAAAGUCAACCACAAGACUCGCUUCAGCAAACCUCUUACGUCCAAGAAUAUGUGAGAAGAUUGGAAGAUAUGAUGAAAAGUGGAUCACGCUGCCUUUCCUUGGGCACGCAGACUUUCCGACUCGAUGAUUCUCAGCUUCAAUCGUUGCUGCAUGCGUUACAGAGCCCUUUGGCACUCAUCCAAGGCCCUCCUGGAACUGGAAAGUCGUUCGUUGGCGCUUUGGCAGCUAAGAUACUGCUGGGAGAUCCGGAAAAGCGAAUUCUGGUGCUGAGCUACACCAACCAUGCCCUGGAUCAGUUCCUCGAGGACCUGAUGAAAAUUGGCAUUUCAUCUGGUGAUAUGGUGCGCUUAGGAUCGAAGUCAACCGAAUUAACUUCAGCCCUGUCACUGGAGAAGCAAUUGCGAAGUUACGCCUACCGUCGAAAUAAUGCAACGUGGGAACACAUCAACGGCAUGAAAGCAGAGAUAGAUGAAGUUCGAAGAGAGAUGGAGUCGGCAUACGACCUUCUCGUCCGGCACAAGGUGGGCUCUUUGGAGCUCUUGAGCUUUCUCGAGUUCUCCGACGAUGACCAGCUAUUUUAUGAAGCUUUUCUCUUACCCGAGCAAGACGGAGGCUUUCAUAUCGCAGGCAAAAGUAACAGGGUCAUGGGUCCCGACUAUCUGCUGGGCCGGUGGAUUAUGGGACAAGAUGCCGGUGAACUCCGACACUUCGUCUCGCCUGGAAGCCACGAUAUCUGGUACUUGUCAAUAGCCCAGAAAAAUGCACAUAUCCAACGGUGGGUCGAGUGCGUUCGCAAGGAACGAAUCGAAGCAGUCCAGAACCUCAUCAAGAGAUUCAAUGGCGCCCAGGAGCAAGUGGACAGGCUGUUCAGAGAGUCCAAAUGUUCCUUUAUGCAAACGAAGAGAGUCAUCGGAUGUACAACAACCGCAGCUGCCAUGUACAAGUCGCUGAUCAAGGCUGCAAAGCCCGAUGUCGUUUUGGUUGAAGAGGCUGGUGAAAUCCUCGAGGCUCACGUUUUGACUGCUUUGCACAGCGACACAAAGCAGCUCCUACUAAUCGGGGACCACAAACAACUGCGACCCAAGAUCAACAACUAUGCUCUAAGCGUCGAAAAGGGAGACGGCUUCGAUCUCAAUCGCUCGCUCUUUGAACGACUGAUACUCCAGGAACACGACCACGUCACACUCCGAAAGCAGCAUCGCAUGCAUCCCGAUAUCUCGGAUCUUGUUCGGAAGAUGACAUACCCGGAUCUAUUGGACGGUGACAAGACCAAGGAUCGGAAGCCUCCUAAGGGAUUUCAGGGAAGGGUCAGCUUCGUUAACCACAGCCACCCAGAAGACCUGGCCGGCGAUAUUACCGAUCGCCACGACGUCGGUGUUGUCUCUAGCAAGAGUAAUCUUUAUGAAGCGCGGAUGGUUCUGAAGCUAGUCAAAUACCUUGGGCAGCAAGGAUAUCGCACUGAAAACCUCGUCAUUCUCACACCAUAUCUGGGACAACUGCGCCUACUCAGAGAAACCUUGAGCUCCCAGAAUGACCCUUGGCUCAAUGACUUAGAUUCGUUUGAGCUCAUUCGCGCGGGACUCAUGACUGCUGCCGCCGGAAAAGUGCCUGACGGAUCAGGAUCAGGAAGAAUCAAACUUUCGACUAUCGAUAACUACCAGGGCGACGAGAGCGACAUCGUCAUAGUUUCUCUGACUCGGAGCAACAAUAAUGGCGACAUCGGAUUCAUGAAAGCGCCCGAGCGGCUCAACGUUCUAUGUUCUCGUGCGAGAGAGUGCCUCAUUCUCCUGGGCAAUAUGGAGACCUUCAUGGCAUCUGGGCACGGAAAAGCGGUCUGGUUGCCUUUCUUCACCUUACUGAAGGAGAAGAAUUAUCUACAUGAUGGGUUCGCAAUCCGCUGUCAACAGCACCCUGACAGGACCGCAUUGCUCAAAGAACCGGACGACUUCGAUACCAAGUGUCCUGAAGGCGGCUGCGACGAAGCCUGGGAGGAUGAGAUUACUCGGAGGCGCUUGAAGCGCGACUUGCAGAUGGAAGUGGAUCGCGAUAUGGCGCAGAAGAAAUACGCUCAAGACCUACAACAGGUAGAAGACGACUUGGAUCGUGAGAGAAGACUUAUGAAGAAUGAACAAGAGGACCUCGAGCAGGAUAAGACUCUAAAAGAACGCAAAGAAGAACUGAGAGCUCUGCAGCAGACGAGGGCUCGUGCUGAGACUAUGAAGGCUGCCAGAGAAGCUCCCAAGAGAGCUCCGGGCACGGGUGCUUUUCCAGAUGAACGAAAACAUACAGCGAGCCCAGCCCCAAAACCCGGAAGCGCAGAGGAAGAGUGGCUGAAUUUGAAGUCGAAACUCGGUGCUAGCAGCAGUGCCAUGGAUCAACUCAUGAAGAUGAUCGGGCUCGAGAGCAUCAAAGAGGAGUUUCUCUCCAUCAAGUCCAAAGUCGACAUGGCGGCGAGACAGGGGAUUUCGUUGUCGACAGAGAGGUUUGGCUGCUCCCUCUUGGGAAAUCCCGGAACAGGCAAAACCACGGUAGCACGGAUCUUUGCCAAAUUUUUGGUGUCGGUGGGUGUCAUAGCUGGCAGUCGCUUCGAAGAGACGUCUGGAUCGAAACUAGCAUCUCUGGGUGUGCCUGGCUGCCAGAAGCUGUUGGAUGACAUUUUGAAUGACGGCGGUGGUGUAAUCUUUAUUGACGAAGCAUAUCAACUAUCCUCAGGCAAUAGUCCUGGUGGCCGCGCAGUCCUUGAUCUCCUGCUCGCGGAAGUUGAGAACCAUACCGGCAAGAUUGUCUUCGUUCUCGCUGGGUACAACAAACAGAUGGAGUCUUUUUUCGCGCACAACCCUGGCUUUUCAAGUCGGUUUCCGAUUGCGAUGAAGUUUGACGACUACGACGAUGACGAGCUUCUGAAGAUCCUUCAGUUCCAGAUUGACAAGAAGUACGGAUGCCGCAUGAAGUGGGAAGAUGAUCUCUAUCUCCGCGUCGCCUGUCGUAGACUUGGACGAGGGCGCGGAAAGGAAGGGUUUGGCAAUGCGCGAGCAAUUGAAAAUCUCCUUUCCAUUGUCUCCAGCCGGCAGGCCAAUCGAAUUCGAAAGGCCCAUCAAGAGGGCGCGAACCCGGACGAUCUCCUGUUCACAAUAGAGGAUUUGGUUGGACCUGAACCUUCAGUUGCCCUCGAGCACAGCAAAGCUUGGGGGAAAUUGCAGACCUUGAUCGGCCUGAGUUCAGUCAAAGAAUCCGUUCGAGCCUUGAUCGAUAGCAUCCAGACCAACUAUAUUCGCGAGCUGGCGGAAGAGCCCAUCAUCGAGUUUACGCUCAAUAAAGUCUUUCUCGGCUCGCCAGGAACGGGAAAGACCACUGUCGCCAAGCUGUACGCGCAGAUCCUGGUUGACUUAGGUCUAUUAUCGAAUGGAGAGGUGAUUGCCAAAAGCCCGGCGGACUUCACGGGUGCUGUACUAGGAGGCUCCGAGGCCCAGACCAAAGGCAUAUUAGCGUCGACCGUCGGUAAAGUUCUCGUCAUUGACGAGGCUUACGGACUGUACGGGGGCAGUAACUCAGCUGGGGGGAAUUCUGACCCCUAUAAGACUGCUGUAGUAGAUACCAUCGUUGCCGAGGUCCAAAGUGUUCCAGGAGAAGAUCGGUGUGUUCUUCUUCUGGGUUACAAGGAUCAGAUGGAGGAGAUGAUGCAAAAUGUCAACCCGGGCCUAAGUCGAAGAUUUCCAUUGUCGUCAGCCUUUGUCUUCGAAGACUUCGAGAAGGCAGAUAUGCGGAAGAUCUUGGACCUCAAACUCAAGUUACAAGGAUUUUCUGCCACUGAUCAGGCCAAGCAAGUCGCUUCAGAGAUGCUCGAAAGGGCCCGCAACCGACCGAACUUCGGCAAUGCAGGAGAAGUGGACAAUCUCCUGAACGAGGCAAAGGCACGUCAUCAGCGACGACUGACAGCUAAAGAAAGCCAUCACGUCUCUACACUUGAAGCUCUGGACUUUGACCACGACUUUGACCGCGCAGAUCGGGCUCAGACCAAUGUUGCCAAACUCUUCGAGGGGACCGUUGGUUGCGAGAAGAUUGUCGCCACCCUUGAGGGAUACCAGGAGACAGUACGUUCUAUGAAGGCACUGAAUAUGGACCCAAAGGAUAGUAUUCCAUUCAACUUCCUCUUCCGCGGCCCUCCAGGUACGGGCAAGACCUCAACAGCGAAAAAGAUGGGCAAAGUCUUCUACGAUAUGGGGUUCUUGGCUAAGGCAGAAGUUAUUGACUGCUCUGCAUCCGAUCUCAUCGGCGAAUACACGGGCCAGACCGGCCCUAAAGUGCAACAACUCCUGGAAAAGGCUCUUGGAAAAGUACUGUUUGUCGAUGAAGCCUACCGUCUUGCGGAAGGACAAUAUGCCAAAGAGGCAAUUGAUGAGGUUGUCGACUCGGUGACGAAGGAUAAGUACAAGAAUCGCCUUGUAAUAAUCCUGGCUGGAUACGACGAGGACAUCAAUCGACUACUUUCAGUCAACCCGGGAAUGUCAAGUCGGUUCCCAGAAGUCAUCGACUUCCACAGCCUUAACCCCGAGAGUUGCUACGAGCUUCUGCUGCAGAUUCUACUCAAGAAGAAGCGAACUCUUCACAGCAAGAAUUCAUCUAAUAAUCUCGUAAUGGAUUGUCUAUCAAGUCCAUCGCCAGAUUUCAAGAGGGGAAUUGUCGCCAUUUUUCACAAACUCACCACAACCGCCGGAUGGGCUAGCGCUCGAGAUGUGGAAAGCCUUGCCAAGUCAAUCAUGAACAUCGCGAUCAAGUCUCGCUGCGACCGACAGGUGACAAUCGACGAAGAUCUUGUGAAGAAAGAAUUCUCCAAGAUGCUCGAUGAGCGCGAAAGCCGGGAGAAGCAGGCAGGGACUAUGCGUGGCGUGCCCAAGCUCGAGCAAUUAUUCCAGCAGAUGUCAUUACCCCCUCGAACACAAAGCUUGCAACCAACAGCUUAUGCACAAACCGCCACCGAAGCCACUGAAGAGGAAGCAGAAUCAGCGCCUCCCGAGUGUCCGGUGGUGGAAGUCAGUGACGACAGUCGGAAAGCAACACGCGAUGCUGGUGUCAGCGAUGAAGUCUGGGAACAAUUGGAGAAGGACAAGAGGGCUCAAGAGGGAAAAGACACCAAGUACCGAGAAAUGCUCGAGAAGAAGCGCAAAGCAGUGGGGGCUGCCAGGGAGGCAAUUCUCAAGGAGGUUAUUGAGGAAGAAGAGCGACGGAAGAAAGAAGAAGAGCAGCGCAAGAAAGCCGCGAUGAUGGGCCGAUGCCCGAUGAAUUUUGAGUGGAUCAAGCAGAGUACGGGGUUCCGGUGCGCAGGAGGUUCACAUUUCAUCUCUGAUGAGGAUAUUGUACGUUCUUGA